AUGUCGGGUCGUGGGAAAGGCGGGAAGGGUCUCGGGAAAGGGGGCGCCAAGCGCCACCGCAAGGUGCUGCGCGAUAACAUCCAGGGCAUCACCAAGCCCGCUAUUCGGCGUUUGGCCCGGCGUGGUGGCGUGAAGCGUAUAUCUGGCCUCAUCUACGAGGAGACUCGCGGGGUGCUGAAGGUGUUCCUGGAGAACGUGAUUCGGGACGCUGUCACUUACACUGAGCACGCCAAGCGCAAGACCGUCACCGCCAUGGACGUGGUCUACGCGCUCAAGCGCCAGGGACGCACCCUUUAUGGCUUUGGCGGCUGA